CAUGCGGCUUCAACGUUCCUCGCCGCUUUGUUCGUACGAACAGAGACAAUACUGCCCAAUACUGCAGGCGGUAAAUCUGAGCAGUGGUGAGAAUAAGGGGACGGCAUUACAGUCCACGCCAUUUUCGGACGAACUAAUGACGCCCACGCCGGUUUCCUUGAGGUGCUCUGAUGGUCAAAAUGAACGCCCAGUGGAUAAAUGCUGGGGCAUUCCCGUUUUUGCUGCCCUGUCCACGUUGAUCAUCACACUGCCAGGUUCUUACAUGGCUGUUCUGUUCGUCUUCUUCGUGGAUGAUUACAACGUGAGCCGGGAGCGAGCAUCUUGGCCUCAGAACUCCCUUACUAUGGCAACGCAUGUAUCGGGUUUGCUAGUGGCUGCACUUCAACGACGAAUCUCCGUCGCUAACAUCGCCAUUCUGGGAGCGCUGCUCGCGUCACUUGGAGUCAUCGCGUCGGCCUUCGCCCGCGAGGUCAUCUGGAUGUCCAUCAGUCUUGGUGUCAUGUACGGACUCGGCAUCGGCAUGUUUAUGGCAUCCUGUGGCUAUCCAUAUCCUUAUGCACUUCGACAAGUACAAGGGUACCGCCUUGACGCUCGCAUUCGUUGCAUGGGGUAUAUCCGGUCUGCUCGGCCCAGCAUUCCUCACUCAUUUACGGGCAAUAUAUGCUUUGGACGGCACCCUACUUAUGACCGGAGGUGUCCUGUUGCACGCCAUUCCUCUGAGCAUGCUUCUCAAAAAUCCUCGACCUGUAAACACAGAAAUCCUGAAAAGUACUGGUCUCAAGAUGUCCCUUGUGGACGCGGCAAAAGACCGUCGAAACGCGACCCGGACAAGAAGUCUCCCAACACCAACCACCAGCAACAAUCAGCCUUAGUCGCGUGAACGACCCUGUGACAUGCAGGGCUGGCAACAAGUCUAACGAGUCAGGCCCUACGGCUUUCGUGGAACCAGUGCUCGCUGAAGACAUCCUGCCGUCCAGGAAGCAUUCAUUUCAGCAAGAAGGGUCACGAGGUGUGUCCGAAAGCUCCACAUGUGCAUCUUUCCGCAGCCUUCGCCACUUCGCCGCUACCGUUUUCCGCACGCCUUGCCUUCUAUGUGUUCCUCGUGGCAACAGUGGCGGGCGACUACUCCGGAGUAUCCUUCAACACUACCAUUGUCGAUUACGCCGUUGACAAAGGGAUCGACGUGGGCGUCGCAACGCACCUCGUCGAGUUUGGCGCGGUGGGUCAUCUACUGGGUCGCAUCUUCAUCAUGCCGCUGUCGGACUGGGCUCCGAUCAGUCGAUUGCCGCUGUUCGCUAGCUCCUAUGCCCUCGAGGCCAUCUGCGCCUUGAUCGUGCCGCACAUUGGGUCAUCGUUCGGCCAGAUUGUUACACUGCGUGUUGCAGAGACCACCAUCACCGGUUUUUCAACGGCCAUAAGAGGUAUCCUCUUGGCUCAGUACAUGGGCGUUGACCGGCUGGCUUCCUGCAUGGGGCUGUACGGACUCGUCAUGAUACCGGUCUCUCUCGGCAGUGCUUCAAUUAUCGGGUUCUUCCGCGAUACAAUGGGCUCGUACGACGGAUUUUACAGAAUGCUCGCUGCUCUGAAUACUGUCGUCGCCGUUCUGCUCGGGAUGUUCCUGGUGUUUGACUGGACCCGCACAAAGCGAAGAGGUUCACAGUCAUCUGAAAACUCCCUCACCCACGUCACAAUCGGCAGAGGGAUGCACUCAGAGCAGAGGUGUUAAGUGGGAAGGUCACAGGUUUCGGCCCUACUACCUUUCACGAUGAACACAACCAAAGUGCCUGGUGCUACAUCGAUCGGUGGCAAGGACACCGGUUUGAACACUGCCAUUGAAAGGAGAGAGGAGCUGAAAACGAUGGAGCAUGCACUCACCUCCACGACAGCGGUCACCAUCAUCAUCUUGUAUAUAUUGCUGUUGCUGCUUCAAGAUGAACAACGCUUCGGAGAAAAAGACAUUCCAGCUACGUAUUCCAUUUGCUGUGGCAACUGAGAUAACAUCAGUUGUUCUGUGGAACUCUACGGUGUUUAUUCUUAUGCGGACACGAAUAACUGCGUGAUAGCUGCGUGCAGCGAAUCGUUAGUAUGCAAAGUGGUGGCCUUUGAUUAGAUAAAGGCGAAUGGAGCAAUUGAGAAUUGACCUUGCAGAUGUAUAUUCUUUUGCAGGUCGACAUGGACCUCGGCACGCCACGCCAAAUUUACGGCGGUAGCAAAGCAGCAC